CGCCCCUGAAUAAUGAUAAUAAUGAUCAAGAUGGCUACUACAGAAUCCUCCUUGCGGUAGCUAACCUCCAAUUUCAUGGAAGCACUCAAAACUGCUAUUUCUCACAGUUUAAGUCCCUCGUAGGUGACGGGGGCUCUGCCAGGGACGACACUUUAUGGAUUAAUACGGGCGGGAAGGAGAUAAAAGUCAUUGUGUUGCCUGCCGGACACAUUCUGAGGAAGCUAGCUAGCAGAGCAACUAGCUAGCUCUAACGUUACUUGUCGACCAUCUCCAGGUUUUUAGCUUUCCAGCCAGCGGCGGCUCAGAGGAGUGUGGCCCGCCCGUCAAAUGGCAGAGCCGAGGAAGGUGCCGUUCGUCACCAUCUCGUCCUUCAACACUUCGCCGCCGACCCCGGAGUCCAGCAAGAAACGCCGCCGCGAAGACGAGGCCAUCGACAUCACUGGAGAUGGAGAUGGAGGUGGAGGUGGAGGUGGCGGUGCCGGGUCGGGAGGUGGCGGAGGUCCGUUCGGUAACGUGAACGCAACGGGAGGAGACGCGGAGACCGGGGAGGCGAAACCCACCGUCCGCCUCAACCUGCCGCUGUCCGAGCCAAGUGACCGCGGCUCCUCCGAGUUCAACUACGGAGAGCUGGUCAACACGACUCUUACUCAGGUAAAGCUUGCAGGUUCAACAGUCCCCAAAGGACUCACUCCUCCCCUGGACCCCAACGACCCGUUUGCUGACGAUGACCGGGAGAGACGGGAGGUAGAAGCGAUGGCCAAGAAAUUUGAGAACAAAUACGGUGGUGUCCCGAAGAAGAAGAAAAAGGACAGGAUGCAGGAUCUCAUUGACAUUGGCUAUGGCUACGAUGAAACAGACCCUUUCAUAGACAAUUCAGAGGCUUAUGACGAGCUGGUGCCGGCCUCCCUCACCACAAAACACGGAGGCUUCUACAUCAACACUGGAACUCUGCAGUUCAGAGCGGCGUCCGACUCUGAGGGAGAAAACGGCGGCACGGAGGACAAUCGUUUCAAGCAAAAGAUGAAAGAUGGUGAGGAGCGGGUGAUAAAGAAACGACGGAAAAAGCAAGAUGGUGGAAUUCUGGAGGAGAAGAAACCCAGGAAGAAUAAAGUACCAAAGGCCGGAGUUUCGGCCCUGAAUGUUCAUCGGCCUGAGAAGAAAAAGAGGAAGAAGCUGAUGAAGGAUUCUAUCCACCUGGCCAACAUGCUGCGUCGCUUCACCAGGGAGAAGGAGGAGAUGCGCAAGAGGAACAUUCCUGCUGUCGUUCUGCCGCGUCCCACCGCAAAUGUCGCCGCCAAAGCGCCCAACGCCACCAGCGCACUCCUCAAUGCCCAGUCCAAGGCUGCCAGCGGCAACGAAUGCAACAUAACCGACCUGGGCGCCGACCCGGCCGUGCUGUCGCUGCUGGGCACGGCCAACAACGACAUACUGCAGGACAUGAUGGGCGACCUGGACUUCGGGAUGCUGGACUCCCCUCAGCCCUCCAGUCCGCUGCAGGGAGAGAACGGCUCCUUUGGGAUGGGACACAAGGCCGGUGGCGUCAGGGUGACGCAGGGCAGCGUGAUGGCCCCUCCUCCUCUUCCCAGUGGACUCCCCGCCCCACUCAGCAAGCGCAUUGACGACCUGAGAGCGGCGUCCCGACUGUUUGAUGCGGAGGGCAGGAAGAAAUUCUUCACACUGGACAUGAACAACAUCCUGCUUGAUAUCGAGUUGCAGGUUCAGGAGCAGCCGACAGAGGUGCGUGCGGUCGUCUACUCCCACCUGGAGGCCUUUGUGCCCUGCAAUAAAGAAGCUCUGCUCAAACGCCUUAAGAAGCUCAGCCUCAACAUACAGGACGACCGCCUCCGAACGCCACUGCUGAAGCUGAAACUGGCGGUGUGCAGCGUGAUGCCGGAGCAGAUCGCCCGAUACAACAUGGACUGUAUCGCCAAGGUGGCAAAGCAGCAGUCGGGGGAGGGAGAGAAGAACGGGUCAGAGGAUGAUGACGAGGAGAAGCCAGGGAAGAGGGUGAUGGGCCCACGAAAGAAGUUUGUGUGGGACGACAAACUCAGGUUACUGCUGUGCAGCCUGGUGCGGGUGAAAAUGGGCUGCUAUGAGCUGGAGGGCAAGAACUCGCUGUCUCUAGAGGACUACCUCAAAGCCUUCAUGGAGACUGAAGUCAAACUUCUCUGGCCUAAAGGCUGGAUGCAGGCCAGGAUGCUGUUCAAAGAGAGCAUCAUGGCUCAUGGUCACCUCACAGGCUACACAGCAAAGAAAAAGAUGGUCACUACUCCCAAGGCCAAGCCAAAGGAGGCCGUGUGGGUUCAGCGGUCCACCCCCUCAGCGGGCGCCACUCCAUCCCCCGCAUCCCAGGUUGCCAAGCGACCGCUUCAGUCACCGUCCGAGCCCAUAUGUCUGGAUUCCCUUGACGAGGAUCUGACGGCCCCCUCCCUGGACUCCAUCUCCCAGGCCCUGGCCAUCCUCGGCAACGCGGCCAAGGGCCUGGCCCAUGGGGACAACCCCCCCUCCCCCGAUGGACCCAAGGCUGCCGCCAAGCCUUCCUCGCUUCACGUCUCGCCGCUCAUCCAGCAGCAGCAGCAGCAGAAGAAGAACACCGUCAGCACCCCCAGCUCCAACACACCUCACUACAUCUCUACCUCUUCGUCCAUCUCCACCUCUCUGUCUCGGCCCCUCUCCGUCACCUCUGCCCCUCUGCCCUCGUUGCGGACGGAUGGGAUGGGGGUCGUCAAGGGCGUGGCGCAGGUGCACAGACACUCAGUGUUGAACACUCAGAGGACGUUGGCUGUGGGUGUGGCCAAAGCAAACAUGCCCACCUCGGCGUCGUCGCCUAAACCGCGCCCACCGCCCACCGCGUCCCCACUCGUGGCCCCGGGAUCGAAGGCGGGUCCCACUUCCGGCCUCCUGAAAGGCAGCAAUAAUAAAGCCAACAGCGGCGACACCCUCAUCAUCACGUCACCUCAGUCACGGCCACACACGCUCAUAUCCUCCCCACACAUGCUCUCCAAAACCUUCCAGACGCCUCGCCUGUCCCAUACCCCGCUUAGCAAAUCCUCCUCCUCCCUCACUCAGACUCUCACGGGGGUUCAGCCCCGGCCGCAGUCCAACUUCAUCACCCCCAUGCACGCCACCCUCACCAAGUCGGCCCACAGCAGCAUCCCGCCGAUCGUCAAACUCACGCCGCGCACCCUCAACCCCGCCGCGACCACCACCACCUCAGCCUCGCCCUCCAUCUCCCAAAGUCCCAGGUCUCAGGCAAACCCCCCCAUACACCAGUACUCUCCCAAAAGCGCAGUCGGGUUCCGCCCGACGUUCUCAGGUGCCCAAGGAGGAGCAAGCAAGCAAGGGCAAGGCAGCUACACUCCUCAGGGCAGCCAGAAGACCCCCAACAACAGCAGCACCACCAACGCCAGCCUUAUUAACACCAUAUCCAUAAGCAAGCAUUCAGGAUCCAGUGCCUCCCCCACAAUAACCUCUGCCAACCAGGGCCAGCGUCAGAGGACGGGGGGCGGGACACCUCAGGGGGCCAAGCCGGUCGCGUCUGUCCCAGCGUCGUCCAUCUCUUCUCAGUUGACACAGGUUUCCACAGCAGGCAGCAGUGGUCUGCUCGGCACGUCCUCCUCGCUCCCCCUGGGGUUCGGGAUGCUCGGGGGCCUGGUGCCCGUAUCCCUGCCCUUCCAGUUCCCCCAGCUGCUGAACCUGCCCCCGCUGGGUACAGCGGUUUCCAGCACAGCAGCCGGCGGCUCGGCGGCCAGUAGCAAUGUAUCGUUCUCCACCCUGACCCAGAAUCUGUAUAAGAGUCUCCAGUCAGGGUCUCAGGUUGCUCUGCCUCCUCACUUGCAGCUCGCUUUCUCAGAUGUGAGUCAAAGCCAGGGAGGAGACGCUAAGAGGAAGACUCUAUGAUACAGCUGGAUUUCAAAGGCCCCGGGGGGACGCUGUCUAA